AUGGCCGACGUUCCUCAGCUCAUCAAGAUAGGAAUUUCUCUCAAAAUGCUUCCUAACAAUACCGCUGUCUACUUCAAAUCCGACGGUGCCAGAUUUGGACAACGCACCAUCAAACUCUUGACCGGAUCCAAGUACAAGAUUGAAGUAGUCAUAAAACCUGGAGCAUCCGAAGCCAUGUCUAUGAGCAUUGGUGGGGUGACCUUCCCUUUGGAACAGCAAUCUAAAGACCCCCAGUCUGUGAUCUACAGUGGACUGUAUGACACAGAGGGGGUGGCCCAUACCAAGAGUGGAGAGAGACAACCUGUUCAAAUAAGCAUAGAGUUCACAGAAGCUGGCCAGUUUGAGACUGUGUGGCAAGUCAAGUUUUACAACUAUAACAAGAGGGAUCACUGUCAAUGGGGAAACAGCUUUAACAGCAUAGAAUAUGAGUGCAAACCAAAUGACACGCGCACGCUCAUGUGGAUCAACAAAGAAAUGUUCCUCUAG